GCAUCAUUCGCUUCUGAACAUCCCCUCUCUUAGACCUCGUCUGCCAUUGACCAAUCGAUGAUGAAACCGAUUGAAACUGAAUGCCCUACAAUUGCGCAGCCCACGGUUAGGAGAAGGCGGAUAUGCAACUGCCGAAGAGCUCCAAGAGGGGUAGCUCCACCGAGCUUGCAGCAUCGGGCAAGAGCGGACUUCAAGCGAUGCCUAUUCGCCCAUGAGCAUUUAUAUGUGACAACAACGGACCGAGAAGAGGGCGGAUGUAAAUGUUUGUCACCGAGUAGUCAGCGGUUGCGCAUUUCGAAGAUGUCGGUGCUUCGGGGCGGGAGGUCCGACCGUACCGUAGCCUUUUUAUACCAGUUUCAACGUUCGGCUCGGCUGUUGGUGUACAUCCAUAUUGUAAUUUCAUUUAUUUUCUCCUAACAGGGGAAGAUUGACUCGCCGCUUCCAGUCGUUCAUCAUGGCUGCAAUCACGCGAGCUGUAGGCCAAUCAGGUCGUCGCUAUGUCGUUGAACGACUUUUACAAGACAAACCAGGACCGCUUGGACGCGUGUAUCUUGCUUCAGCCGGUAACCAGCAGUACGUCUUAAAGAGUGUCCCAAAGACCGACUUCAAGUAUUUUGAAGACAUGUACAGCAAUCUUCAAAAGUCCCCCUACAUUCGCGUCGCCAAUGACGCAAUUCUCGACCAAUCCAUGUUUGCCUACAGAUACUUCAAGGACCAUCUACUUUUUUUCGUUCAGAAGGAAGACCCAGUCUCACUUCCCUUGAUGAAACGAAUAAUAAGAGACUCGCUCCGAGGCAUUGCUGCAUUGCACGAGAAAGGCAUCGUGCAUACAGAUAUAAAAGCGAACAAUAUCCUAGUAGACUGGAACAAGGUGGAUGGCCAUACUGUCGUUGGUCAGGUGCAGAUCGCCGAUAUAGAAGACGCUGCGUAUAUUCCAGACGGUGACUUUGCCAUCGUUGGAAGGCAGGUAGGGAACUGGAUGUGGCGAAGCCCUGAGGCUCACGCAUCUGGCAAGGUUCAUAAGCCAUCCGAUAUCUUCUCUUUUGGGAUUGUCUGCAUCUAUGCCCUGACCAAACGUGUCAUUUUCGCCGUCGCCGACGAAGAACUCGAGGAAGGCGUGGACAAGCUGGCUAUUGUUCUUGAAAGGCAGUUAUCCUACUUCUCCGAUUUCGAGAGUUUUGUCGGCCUACUACAGCAUCUGGGGGACAGCCCGUGGGCCCAGAUAUUUACUGUGAUUGCAGAGGGUUUCAACGAAGACCUGCCACGGGCGCCAUUCGCGUUGUGGAAAGGCAUUGAUCCGGAUUUUAAGGAUUUGGUCGGAAAGAUGACGAAUAUUGACCCGAAGAGGCGAAUCACAGCCCAUGAAGCUUUAGCACAUCCGUGGUUUAGAGAUGUUGCGUAAUAGAGUCUUGGGGCAGAGCGAUAGCGUCUCUAGGAGUACUUUGAUACUUUCAUUCUUUUCAAGGUAAGGUAGUGCUACUCAGCACGAAGUACGAGCUUUGAUCUCCGCAACUAGCGCGCAUGCAAGAACAAGAGGGAUAAUGAGUCCCUCGCUACACUUGUGCCUGAAUUGGUGAGAGUGCGAUUGCCCAAA